CUUUUGCUUAACCACUUGAGUCCACUUGUGGAUAAAAUAUCUGUUUCUAUCUAAUCUGUGUUCUGAACAAAAAAUCAUAAUUAUUAUAUCAUAUAUGAAUUAUUUAUUGUUGUAGUGCAUUCCAAAAGAGAAAAAAAUUGAAAUCAAACUUUACCUAAUCUUUACAACUCUAUUGUCAAUUAUAUCACACAAUUCCAAUUAUACUGAAACGCAAUUCAAUCAUCAAAUGGUUGAUAAAUAUGAAAAAACUAGGGGGGCUUCCAUAACACCAUCUGCAAGGAGAAGUAUUCACAAUCACUUAAACUGCCCAUUCUUAUUUAAUGACACAAUGGGUAGAUAUGGAUUGAAUAAAACCAGUGCAGGAGCAACAUGUAUUUCUUUACACAAUGAUCAAGAAUUUGAUGAGGUUGACAAUGUUAUGAGCAAACCAGUGGGGUCAUCAAGUCCAUUACAAAUUCCUGCAAAUUAUAGAAAUGCAAACAGAAGACAGUCUCUAAACAUUUCUAGCUAUGAAGCAGCAGAAGAUAAGAGAAGUGAUAGUGACAGUGAGUUUUAUUAUCCAGAGAACAAUGAUUACAUUGGCCUGUCUUCACAUGAACCUUCGAAUGGAAAUGUUAAUGAAUCUUACAGUCCAGUAAGAGAAAGUUCAAUCUGCAAUGAGUACCAAUCUUUUGGCUCUCAAAGUAUUCACAGAUCAGCUAGUUCUCAAGAAAAUUCUAGAAACUAUGAAACUAGAAAAAUAUACAUUUUCUUAAUGCCAUUAGUAGCAUUUAUGAUAUAUAUAGUGGUAUAUUGGAAUGGUAUCUCAAAUUUGCUGCAAAGUGUACAAGGAACAAGUAGUAUUAUUUAUGAUGAAUUAAAUUUCCACACUGAUAUAAAUAAUUUAAGAAGAAGAUACAAAAUAACAGAUGAUACUGUUUUACAAUUACAAACAGGUAUUUCAACAAUAUACAGAAGGCAAGAUACAGGAUCCUUCAUAUUUAUAUAUAACAGUAAUUCAAACAACUUUAAUUCAGUUGUAUUCAAUAGGUUUAUGAAUGAUGUUUCAUCAACUUCAGCUCAAUAUUUAAGAAAUAACACAAAAUUAGUUCAGCAUGUUGUAGUGCAGAGCACAAGUCUUGAUAUGCACACUCACAAUGAACUGAUAAAGAAGUAUAAAGAUGAUGUAGACAAAUCCGGACUACUGCUCAUCACGGAGAUCGAUAAAGUCCCAUCUAGUCUCGCUAUGGCUUUUCAUUAUUACUGUGAUGAAUAUAAUCCAUUAGUGAAGAAAAGUGCAAUAUUUUUUACACUGAAUUUAGCACAAUGCUCCAAUGUUUCAUCAGAUCAAGUGUCUAAACAUGCUAUAAUAGAAAAGUGCCUCGAAGAUAAAUGGUACGGCGGGGUCUCGAUGGUGAAUAUGGCCCCGUUACUUACUAGAGUCGUAAAUAUUGUAGUGGAUGUCACAAGUAUUGGAUCCAAUAACGAACUUUAAUGUGAUAGAUAAGAAUAAUUAUUUAUUAAUGCUACAAGUAUAAAUGAUAUCAUUGGCAGAAAUGUGCAGAAUACUAAAUUCUUGAAAUGACGAAUUUAAUUCUAAUUUAAGAAAAACCUUAAAAUCAAUAAUUUUCAAAGGGUAC